UUCAUGAAUGUCAGUCAGUGUCAGUUGUUCAGUUUACGUGAGUGGAAAAUCAUUAACCUGCUGAUGUGUUUUGUGUUAUCCGUUUGCUUGAUGUGAAAACAACGUUUUUAUACGAAAAUGGUGAAACGCAAGGCUUUCAUCGAUAGUGACUCCAGUGAAAACUCCGAAAGCGACUUGGAUUCGGAAUUCCUGGGGCUGGCGAAGAACAAAGGCAACAAGAAGUCGUCUCCGGGCCAACGGUCUACGUCGGGGGGCUCCAGUGCUUCAGACAGCGACACUGAGAAGAAGCCCACCAAGAAGAAGGUCAGACGAGACAGUGCGAGUUCAGAAUCUGAGCCUGAUGCGCCCAAGCCCGAACCCAAAUCUGUAGCCUCCAAACGUUCAGAGCACUCGGAACCGGAAGAAGGCGAAGUAUCGGACUCUUCGGAUAGUUCAGAGGAGGAGUUCAAUGAUGGAUACGAUGAUCAGCUUAUGGGCGAUGCGGAAGAUAGGGCUCGGCUUGCCAGCCUCACUGAGAAGGAGAGGGAGACUGAAAUAUUUAAGAGAAUCGAGCGGCGCGACAUGAUGAAGACUAGAUUUGAAAUAGAGAAAAAGCUGCGCCAGCAGAAAAGGCUAGAACGGGCCAGAGACAAGCCAUUUGUCAGGCCAAGGGAUAAGGACCGCGACAAAUCUCGGAAAAGAGAAGACGAAAAGAUUUUUAAGGAGAAAACUAAAUCCAAAGAGGUGGAUAAGGAACAGGUCAGAAACGAGGAGCAAGAGGAGGAGCAGGACGCGAGCAGGCUUCAGCUGGACUUCAGCUCCAUUGAUCACAAGGAGCGCAGCAAGGAGCGCAAAAAGAACAUCGAGGAGAAUAGGGGGAAGACUGACAACAAAAGGUUCAAUGCGAUGGCCGAGUUGAAGGCGCGCAGAGAGGACAAGCAGAAGCGCGAGGAGGCCGAAGAGGAACGGAAAAGAAAGGAGGAAGAAAAGCGCAGGCAAGAGCAGGAGGAAGACCAGUUGUCCAAAAAGAACGAAACUAAACUAAAGGCAUCAGACAUCUACUCCGAUGACAGUGAUAGUGAUAACGAUGCCAAAAAGUCGCCGUUAAGAGACGGGGGUCGGUCACUGUCCAGAUCCCGAUCGCGCUCAGGCUCAAAGUCGCGAUCCUCCAGCUCAAGUUCGAGCAGCAGCUACACCGAACAAGACGACGAAGUAUCGAAGGUCACUGCCUAUGUGCCCACCAGGCAAGACUUGAACACCAUCAGGCUGUCCAGGUACAAACUGGAGCGGUUCGUACACAUGCCGUUCUUCGACCGAAUUGCCAAGGGAUGUUUCAUCCGAAUAGGCAUUGGUCAGAACAAUGGCACCUCGGUUUACAGAGCUGCCGAGGUGAUGGGGGUGUAUGAGACGGCCAAAAUUUACCAACUUGGCAAAACCAGAACCAACAAAGGCCUAAAAGUGAGACAUGGAGCGCAAGAGCGCGUAUUUCGUCUGGAGUUUGUGUCGAAUUUCGAGUUCACGGAGAGUGAAUUUCAACAGUGGAUUGAGGCCAACAGUGCGGCUGGCAAGGACUUGCCCACCAAAGAGUGGAUAGAGCAAAAGCAAGCAGACAUCAAAGAAGCCAUGGGGUACGAGUUCAACGAACAAGACGUGGAGCGAAUCAUCAAGGAAAAAGAGCGUUUCAAACCCAAUCCGCACAACUAUGCCAUGAAAAAGGCCACGCUGAUGAAAGAAAGGGACGCCGCAUCGGCCAGAGGUGACGAGGAAUUCGCCCGAGAAACCAGUGAACAGUUAGCGCAGCUUGAAGAGAGGGCUUCGGAGUUGGACAAAAGGCGGACUGCCACAAUUUCAAGCAUCUCCUACAUCAACGACCGGAACAGGAAGCGAAACGUUGAGGAAGCCGAAAAGGCAAUCUUGGCGGAAGUGCGCGCCAACAAGGGCCGAAAAAUUGACGACCCGUUCACGAGAAGAUCCACCAAGCCCCGAAUGAAUUUCAAGGCUGGAGAAAAGGAGGCAAUAGCAGCAGCAGAUGAGGAGGCGGCAGCCUUGCUGAUGGCCGGCGAGCAAAAGGCUGUGGAAAAGCAGCAGCAGAAGAAACAAGACGACAAGGAGCCUCAGGUCUCGCAAGAAGAUCUGUUUUCGGCCCAUGAUUUUGACAUAAAAAUCGACUUUGAAGUGCCUCUGCCAGGUGCCACGUCAGUGACUGUUUUACCCAAAAGUACCCCCAAAGAUCUAGCGCCGCGCCGAUGCCUCAACCUGCAAGACUACAAGAAAAAACGCGGACUGAUUUAGUGACCGUUUUUCCUGUUUAGAUAUUAAGUUGUACUCCUCAGUAGGUUAACGUACUUUUCCGAAAGUAUCUAGACUAUUGGCCCGAAUCAAAGGGGAGGAAACUCACAGUUGCGUGCAGAUAACUCGAUUCUCUCCUACAUUUAAGUCCUUAAGAGUAAAAAUUAGGUUAAACUGGGUAAGAUGAAACGAUAGAUAGAUGAACGGUAGAAGUGUACUGGAUUGACCUCGAAGGUUUAAGUUGCAGUUAAACGAUUUAGUACAAAUGGGCGGUCGGCGAUUUUGCCCCAUAUCGCCCUAGCUUUCAUUCAUAGUGCUGAGUUUGCUAUCUCUUCCUUGAAAUUGCAAUUCUUGCUGUUUUUACAAUUUAGAAGUGUUUUCUAUUCUUAUGGUGCUACAAAGCGGUUUUUCACGCAAUCACCGUCCGACGUUUGCGCGCAACUGCAUUUUAGUUUCAAAUGUAUUUAUUAUUAUUUUUUAAAUAUAUACAGUCUAGGAUAAUUUCAUGAAAUUGUAUAAAGAUUUAAUAUUAAAGUGUACUUUAGUAGAUC